AUGUCAGCUGGUAUUUUACCAGAUAUGUAUCGAUAUACGGCACGAAAAAGUACCGUAUCAAAAAAUCCCAAGCCAUCAAAUGUAUCAUUAUGUAAUAAUUCAACAACACAUUAUUCAACAUAUCAUAAUGAUAAUAAUACAAAACAACAACAAAUAUUUGAUACAAUUGAACAUAAUAUUAAAUUAGAAAAAGAUGUUCCACAACAACAACAAGAACAACAAGAAUCAUUUAUGAUUUUACCUGACAAUGAAAUAGAACAAAUGAUUAUUGAAGAAAAUAAUGAAAAAACACAAGAAGAAAUAAUAUAUGAUAUUGUUGAAGGGAUUACAAAUCAAACAAUUCAAACACCUAUUAUAUCAAAUUUAAAUCAGAUAACAAAAACUUUUUUAAUAGAUACUCAGGAUGUGCAUGAUGUUAUUGAUUCAAUUAUGAAUCAUAUUAUUGAGAAUGAUAAUGAAGAAUUUUUAUCUACAAAAAUAGAUAAUAAAAUAGAAGAAAAUGUAAAUAAUAAUGUUCAAGAAAUAACACCAAUGGAAAGUGAUCAACCAAUAUCAAUUAUUUCACGAUCACAAAUCGAUGAUGAUCUUGUUGAAUUUCAAGGUUUGUUAAAGAUUAUUAUUUCUAUGAAAUUAACAUUCUAUAAUAUUUGAAUAUUGAUGAAGAAAUAUAUUUUUAACUUUGUUUUAUUUGCAUUCUUCUAGAAUAGUAGUUUUGUUUUUUUGUUUCGUUUGAAAAAAAAAACAUUUUUUACUACAUUCGAUUUGUUGUUCUUGCAUAUUUAUAAUCAAAAGUUCAUAUGAUAUAAUUUCAUGCCAUGAGAUCAAUAGACUGAUUGAUACAGAUUUCUACUCAAAAACAUAGAAUGGCUUUAAAGAUUCAAUGUGUGUAAUUGAAAGUGUUUAAUCGCUUAUCGUUUAAGAUUAUUGCUAUUCGAUCAGUCUUGAUGCAUAAUGAAAAAGUUCAUUUUGAUCUGG